CCAAGUUCAAUCUCACUUGCGUCACUUUGAUGGAUUAGACAAUAAUAGAUACAACCUACCUUCCUUGCAGAGGUGUCAGGCUCUAUUCUGAGCCCACCCAGGUUUUCGUCCCACUGUGUGUUACGCAAAACAAUUCUGCUCUUGUGAUGGCACGACUUUCAUUUGGCAGCCGACGAUAUGGUUCCCCGGAGCUCAGUUAAGACAAUAUAGUCUGACCGGAGUGAGGCAAUAGGGCUCUCCAAUUUAAGAAGUACGGUGACCUAAUAGGAAAUCGCCGUUUAAAAAAAAAACCAUUUUAUCCGUACAAGAUUCAAUACACGCCCAUUCUUUGUCUCAUCCUUCGUCUUCAUUCGCGUCCAAUUUUGAAUUAUUCACACUUCGUUCACACACCCAUAUAACCAACUACACACCUAUCUUUCCUCAAAACUCCCAUGCUCCACCAAUCCACUUAACAACAAUUUCAAUGGAGUCGAUUACAAGACCAAGGAACACUACCCACCCCACGCAUAACAAGUUAAAAGAUCCCAUAACCACAGAACCAUCUACGAGCAGCAACAAACCACGUAAAGUCGCCGUUGUUUACUAUCUCUCCCGCAUCGGCAACCUCGAGCAUCCUCACUUGAUCCAAGUUCCUCUAUCCUCCCCAGACGGCCUCUAUCUCCGAGAUGUAAUCAAUCGCCUCAACUCUCUCCGUGGUAAAGGAAUGGCAGCAUCAUACUCGUGGUCUUCUAAACGGAGUUACAAAAACGGAUUCGUAUGGCACGAUUUAUCGGACAAUGAUUUUAUUUACCCUGCACACGGCCAGGACUACGUUCUGAAAGGAUCGGAAAAAUCAUCGUCCCCGGACUCCGCCCAAGUUGAUUUUCCGGCCGUUAAACAUAGAAGGAAUCAAUCAUGUAGUGCAACCGAAUACAAUGUCUACACUGGAUUGUGUUCCGCCGGAACCGCUGUCGCAACUCAAACCGACGAGAAACGACGUCGUCGUAGAGCGGUAAUCAACGAAGAAGUUGAAAACGAAAGUUCAGAGCUGAGUAGAGAAGAGAUGUCACCACCACCGUCCGAUGAUUCAAGCCCCGAAACUUUAGAGUCGGUGAUGAAAGCUGACGGUUUGAUAAUCCUAACGGAAAAUCGGAAACUGAAAACUGAUCCGACGGUUGGUAAUAAAGGUAAGGCGAAUGUGCUGAUGCAGCUGAUCACGUGCGGGUCGAUAUCGGCACGUGACGGUGGGCCGGGGGGUAACCCGGGUUUUUCGCUGAUUAAGCACUAUAAGUCAAGGUUGGUGCCACGUGGAGGGGGUGUGAGGGAUGAAAACGCUGUCGUUUUGAGUAAAAAACAGGUGGUGACGGAGGAUAAAGAAUAUUUUAGUGGGAGUUUAGUAGAGACAAAGAAGGAGAAAUUUGCAGCUAUUAAACGGUCUAAUUCGUACACAGGAAAUAGAUAAAUAUGAUAUUUGGCUUUUAGUUUUGACUUCUUUUUUAUGGAGUACGAUCAUCAUUCAGGCUUUUAAUUUUUAUUUUUUAAUGUAGCGUUCGUUUCAUGGAAUGGAAUGGAAUGGAAUUAGGAAGUU